CAGCAGGGGAACUCGCAGGCCCGGGGCACCGCAUUCUCCGCAGCUUGGCGCCGCCGGGCCCGACUCGGACGCGUGGCCAACCCAGCCUCUGGUCUACCCUAAGGUCUGCCCACCUGUUCCGGGGAGGUGCCGCCAGCCUGCCAGGAUGGGCGAGUUCAGCGACAAGAACGCAACAUGCGGCACCAUCUGCCUCAAGUACCUGCUGUUCGCCUUCAACUGCUGCUUCUGGCUGGCUGGCCUGGCUGUUAUGGCCGUGGGCAUCUGGACGCUGGCCUUCAAGAGUGACUACAUCAGCCUGCUGGCUUCGGGCUUUUACCUGGCCUCAGCCUACAUCCUGGUGGUGGCUGGCGUGGUUGUCAUGGUCACCGGGGUCCUGGGUUGCUGCGCCACCUUCAAGGAGCGCCGGAACCUGCUGCGGCUGUACUUCAUCCUGCUGCUCAUCAUCUUCCUGCUGGAGACCAUCGCGGGCAUCCUGGCCUAUGUCUACUACCAGCAGCUGAGCACGGAACUCAAGGACAACCUGAAGAACACCAUGACCCAGCGCUACCACCAGAAGGGCCACGAGGGGGUGACGAGCGCCGUGGACAAGCUGCACCAGGAGUUCCACUGCUGCGGUAGCAACAACUCCCACGACUGGAGGGACAGCCUGUGGGUGCGCUCCGAGGAGGCGGAUGGCCGCGUGGUGCCCGACAGCUGCUGCAAGACUGUGGUGCCACGCUGCGGGCUGCGGGACCACGCGUCCAACAUCUACAAGGUGGAGGGCGGCUGCAUCUCCAAGCUGGAGCGCUUUGUCCAGGACCACCUGCUGAUCAUCGGCGCCGUGGGCAUAGGCAUCGCCUGUGUGCAGGUCAUCGGGAUGAUCGCGACGUGCUGCCUGUACAAGAGCCUGAGGCUGGAGCACUACUGAGGCUACGCCACCCUGUCCCGUCUCCCUACCUACUGAGCUACACUGCUGAGCGGCGGGGGCCCCCAGUGCCGUCAUCCCAGGGAGCACAAGUGCCUUUCGCUGCACACCAAAACCCCGGACUCCUCUGCAGGGCUACGCCGUCCCCAUUUGGGGAGCUCACAGAGACCCACCCUGAGCUUCCCAGGUAUUUAUUUAGAUGGUGCCCGAGUGCCAACGCUAAUACCUGGCCCUGACCCCCCUCGCCUUCCUGGGGAGCGGCUGGCGGACCCUGGCUAGAGCCCCCCUGUCACUGCUGCUGUAUUAGAGCCCACGGGCCCGUCUGCCCCCAGCGGAGGGUCCUUGUGUCCCCCCUGCUGUACUAACGCCCACAGACCCCAUGUCUCCCGCUGCUGUACAAGUGCCUGGGGUUGACCCUUUGUUUGCCAGUGAAUAAACACUGAAUAAAAUACUAAACCAACACGGGA